UCGUCGGAAUGCUUGAAUCCGUUAGGCCAGGGCGUUGCCUUGUUUUGUUGAUUUCUGUUGUUAAGAUAAUGUUGAGAUGAAUAAAAUUAUUUGGAUGGAUCGUGGAGCCAGCUGAUGAGUGAAAAAUUGCUGCGAGUGUGUCUAUUGCCGCUGCCUAUUAUACUGAGGGGAGCUGCUGCCUUUGUGUUGCUGUCAAAUCCUGAUAUCCCUUGAAUAUUUGGAACAAGAAUGGUUGCCAUAAGAUCAUGUUGGUCUCCUUGCAUAUGGAACAGCAAUGUCAAAGUUGGAACCUACAUGGUUGCAGCUUAUACUGCAUCCUUCAGUGUUGUCCUAAUUACACUGAUUGCAUAUAUGAUGAGUGGUGGGGAAUCAACCCAGCUAUAUUCACCAUUAUUUGAGACGGAUGUCAGAGGAUCUAUGCUUGGUGUUGGAGGGUUUUUCAUUGCCUACCUGCUGCUGCUGAUUGCAUUCUCUGUAUUCCUCAUUUUUGGUGUGGUGGAAACUAAUCGAGGAAUGAUGCUGCCAUGGAUGAUCUGCUUUGGAAUAGUAAUAUUGUUUCAGCUAGUUUUUGGCCUGUGGUUGCUUGGUGGAUACUACAUAUAUCUGGAUUCCGUUAUGGCAGCUCUUGUUGAUUGGCUUUGGAUGGCAUACAAUGCAUACUGCUGGACCUGUGUGUAUUCUCUGUACCAGAUAUUUAAGGAAAUGCAGUCCCCAAAUAUUGAACUGCUGUACCCAUGAACUAUAGCAGUUGCUCUGAUCAUCAGAAAAGCACCAUCUAAAUCUAUGAAUAGAUUAGGUAUAGUUACGACCACAAUUUUUUUAAAACUGGGAGUUACAUAUCAGAAAGAGUGUGUGAAGUUUCAGGUUUAUAAGAGGAGGAAACUUUAAUUCAUGUACAAAAUUAUGAAUCUCGUAUUGAUAUUUUGUAUUUUUGUAAUGAAUAUUUACUCCAGUAUUUACAGAGACAGUGUGUAAAGUUUGAAGGAUGGUUUUUACAUGGCAUGAAACUUCUGUAUUAUGAGUAACCAAAGAAUGAAUGCUAAUGACCUAUUGUGAAAGAAAAAGUAACAGGUGCACUCAUAAAGCAAGAGCUUUUUAUUUUGCUGGUGUCUUGGAAGAGAUUUGGAACUUAAUUAUCAGUUGUGACAUUAAUAAUGUAAGGGUUUGUUUUAUCUGUAGCUUUCUUAUAAAUUUUGUUUUGUUAUUUUAAUAAGAAAGUGAUCUGUAGUGGCUUUUUGCCUUCUGUUCAGUGCUGCUUGUAUUUUCAUUCGUUCGGUGAAAUGAUUGGUCUCUCUAAACUGAAGCAUUGAGGCAACCAGUAUUGCCUUCAGUCUACUUAUAAAAUAGUAACUAUAACUGUUUAUGAGAUUGUCAUGACCAGUUUGCCAUCAGUAAUACCAUUUAAGAAUACAUGCACCAUCUCUGUUUUUCCAGUUCUUUUGUUUGUGGUUUCUUUAAUUGAAUAAGUGACAUGCAUUUUACUCAUUAACUGUGCCAAAUGCAUCCUAUAUUCAUUGUUUCUGAACUAGAUCAAUUGUUACAUAGUUCCAAUCAAAACCAAGCACCAUGCUCCAGCAGAUAACAGUAAGAUAAGCCAGAAAUUGCUAGUUUGUGGUGGUGUUCUGUUAAUUAUAAUUCAUUUUUGUUUCUUUUCCCACAAAUGAAAACAAGAGGUGGCUUAAACACUUAAAUGUUCACAAAUGGAGGUUCCAUAAAGGCAUAUAAGAUCCAGCUGUGACUCCUUUUACCAGAUCUUUGAAAAUUCACUUAAUGAUGGAAUCGUGUAGUUAGCUCUACCUCUUUCCUCUCUUAAUCAAAAUGUAUUAAGUGAUCUGGAUGGCAUUAUUCACAAAAGAAAUAUACCAUCAUAGUAUUUUUAGAUACUGUAAGAUUAAUAUAAACAACCCAACAACUAAUGCAUGUUGGUUGAGUAUGUGCUCAGCAAGUAAGUUUUAAUGGGAAAGUAUUUGUUGUAUUUUCUUAUGUUGCCAUUACUAGCAUGAAGUUAAAUAUUUUUCCUCCUUUUUUUCCUCAGAUGAACACAGGGAUCUGGUCUCUCAUUAUGCGCACAAUAUCCAGUAAAAUUCCCCAGCAUGCUUUGGCUUUAUUAUGUUACUUCAUGUGAAUAGAAACAGUACUUCCACUUCAAAUAAAAGUGUUCAUAGCAUUAUGUAUAUUUUUAGUUUUCAUUGUGAGGAAAGUUCAUUUGUGGAUCUUACCAUAUAACCAUUGUGAUUUAUAUUGCAUUCAUAUGAAUAAUACAUUAGAACACUGUGUUCUGGAACAUUUACUCCAUGCUAUGGUAUCAGUAAAUACUACAAACUAGUUCCUGUCAACCAAUCAGACUUAGAAUUACCAUUUUGUGGGCAUUGGUAUUAUGAAUGUAUGGUUAACACCCAUCUGUAGUUUUUCAAAGAUAAUGUAGAUGCAUUCUUAAAAUUUGUGUUCUGUUACACUUGUAGCCACUAUCUAGUUUACAUGUAAUUAUCACUGAAAAAACUGGCUGUUUUUAAAGUUAUUCUACAGCAAAGAGGCCUUGCUAUAUGUUGUACAGUUUUGUCAUCAUGCAGAUGUAAAAUUUGCCUUUGCCUGUUUCAGUAAUUAAAAUAUUCUUGCAUCACUGUCUUCCAACACACACACACACACACACACACACACACACACACACACACACACACACACACAUACACACACAAAAAAACAGCGAUCAUUUUACAAAUAAGAUUAAUGCUGCCAUGUAUCCUGUUAUCAUCAGUAUCUGAAGGUAUUUCUAAUCUCACAGAGUUUGUAAACAUAGACAAGAUAUAUUUCACACCUUGUGAAGUGUCAGAGAAUGUACAUUACAAAGCAAUAAGUGACUAGCAUAAUAGUACUUUUAGAUAGAGUAGGAUUAUUAUAAAAUGCUACACAGGAGCUAAUGUGUAUUGAUUAUGUACACAGUAAAUUUUAAUCUAAAAGUAUCUGUCAUACUUUCAAAUUCAUAAAUACUGUGCAUUAAGGAGAGAUGCCACAGGUUCUGUUUUGAGAGGGUUGAAUUAUUUUGCAUGUUCAGCCUGUGUUCAAACGUUCAUUCUCUGUUCCCCACUGAGUAAUUUAAAUUUAUUAAUUAUCUUUUACUAAACUGUGGUUGCCUUUUUGCACACCACUGUUUGCAAGGGGAAAAUCGUAUACAUGCAUCAUUGUUUCUAAUUCUUAAUAUGUCCAAUAAAAUAUUAGUGAGAAGUAUUAUAAAACUUUUUUUUACUGUAAUGUUAUUUUGUAGUUGAAUGUUAUAUUUGUACUUUUUAUAGUAGUUAAUGUUAGUCUUUCAUGAAGACUGACUCUUAUUUUUUUAUCACUAAAAUUGUCAAACAUUGAUUACUCAGAAUGUACCUUAAAGUAUUCUACACAAUUCCGUCCAAUUAAGAAACUGUGUUUCAUUGUGAAAAGUAAUCCAUCCAUUGUUGCAUUUUUGUCAAAUGCAUUUUUACCCAUACAUUUGUUAAAUGUUUACAAUAUUUUAUGCAGUAAAAUGUUUAAUAAACAUAUGUUUUAUUGAAAA